AUGAAGCGCAGCCUGAGGAAGAUUCUGCGCCCUGGCGAGAAGAAGGAGCCCCAAGACGUUGUCUAUCAGGGCGUGCAGGACGACAUGGACGACAGCAAGGAGUCGCUUAAGGUGGUUUUUGAAGGAAGUGCAUGUACAUCACAAAACUUUAUCCAGAAACAAAAGAGAUUAAAUGGCAGAUAUGAUACAAAUGCCUCCCCUUUGCAUCAUGCUGCAGCUGAAGGUCAAGUUGAGCUGAUGAACAUGAUCAUCAAUGAUUCCUCUUGUGAAGUGCUGAACGUAAUGGAUGAUUACGGGAAUACCCCUCUGCACUGGGCUGCAGAAAAAAACCAGGUGGAAAGUGUUAAGUUUCUUCUCAGCAAAGGAGCAAACCCAAACCUUCGAAACAGCGCCAUGAUGGCAGCCCUCCACGUGGCUGUGCAGGCCAUGCACAACGAGGUGGUCAAGGUCUUGACUGAGCACAGCAGUACUAAUGUUGAUUUGGAAGGAGAAAGUGGAAACACAGCUGUGCUAAUGGCAUGCUCCAAAGAUAACAGUGAAGCACUGCAAAUUUUGUUUAAUAAAGGAGCUAAGUCAUGUAAACCAAAUAAAUGGGGAUGCUUCCCUGUUCACCAGGCUGCAUUUUCAGGUGCCAAAAAAUGCAUGGAAAUCAUACUGAAGUAUGGUGAAGAACAUGGAUACAGCCGUGAGUUUCACAUUAACUUUGUGAAUAAUGGGAAAGCCAGCCCACUCCACAUGGCCGUUCAAAGUGGAGACUUGGAAAUGAUCAAAAUGUGCUUGGACAAUGGUGCACACAUAGACCUGAUGGAGAAUGGGAGGUGUAUGGCCCUUCAUUUUGCUGCCACCCAGGGAGCCACUGAGAUUGUCAAACUGAUGAUAUCAUCCUAUUCUGGUAGCACCAAUAUCGUUAAUGCAGUUGAUGGAAAUCAGGAGACCCUGCUUCACAGAGCUUCAUUAUUUGAUCACCAUGAACUAGCAGACUACUUAAUUUCAGUGGGAGCAGAUAUUAACAGUAUCGAUUGUGAAGGACGCUCUCCACUUAUACUAGCAACUGCUUCUGCAUCUUGGAAUAUCGUAAAUUUGCUACUCUCUAAAGGUGCCCGUGUAGACAUAAAAGAUCAUUAUGGGCGUAAUUUUUUGCAUUUGACUGUACAGCAACCUUAUGGAUUAAAAAAUUUGCGACCUGAGUUUAUGCAGAUGCAACAUAUUAAAGAGCUGGUAAUGGAUGAAGACAAUGAUGGGUGUACUCCUCUACAUUACGCAUGUAGAGAGGGGGUCCCUGUCUCUGUAAAUAACCUACUUGACUUUAAUGUGUCCAUCCAUUCCAAAAGCAAAGAUAAGAAAUCACCCCUGCAUUUUGCAGCCAGUUAUGGGCGUAUCAAUACCUGUCAGAGGCUCCUACAAGACAUCAGUGAUACCAGGCUUUUGAAUGAAGGUGAUCUUCAUGGAAUGACUCCUCUCCACCUGGCAGCAAAAAACGGACAUGAUAAAGUAGUUCAACUUCUUCUGAAAAAAGGUGCAUUAUUUCUCAGUGACCACAAUGGCUGGACUGCUUUGCACCACGCGGCCAUGGGCGGGUACACCCAGACCAUGAAGGUCAUUCUUGACACUAAUUUGAAGUGCACAGAUCGGCUAGAUGAAGAUGGGAACACGGCGCUUCACUUUGCUGCCAGGGAAGGCCAGGCCAAAGCUGUCGGGCUGCUCCUGAGCCGCGAUGCUGACAUAGUCCUGAACAAGCAGCAGGCCUCGUUUUUGCACCUCGCAUUCCACAAUAAGAGGAAGGAGGUGGUUCUUACAGCCAUCAGGAGCAAAAGAUGGGAUGAGUGUCUUAAAGUUUUUAGUCAUUGUUCUCCAAGCAAUAAAUGUCCAAUCACGGAAAUGAUAGAAUACCUUCCUGAAUGCAUGAAAGUUCUUUUAGAUUUCUGCAUGUUGCAUUCCACAGAGGAUAAGUCCCGUCUAGACUACCAUAUUGAAUAUAAUUUCAAAUAUCUUCAAUGUCCAUCAGCAUUCACCAAAAAAGUAAGACCUACACAGGAUGCUAUAUAUGAGCCUCUUACAGCCCUAAAUGCAAUGGUACAACAUAACCGCAUAGAGCUUCUCAAUCAUCCUGUGUGUAAAGAAUACUUACUUAUGAAAUGGUUGGCUUAUGGAUUUAGAGCCCACAUGAUGAACCUAGGAUCUUACUGUCUUGGUCUCAUACCUAUGAGUCUUCUUGUUGUCAAUAUAAAGCCAGGAAUGGCUUUCAACUCAACUGGAAUCAUCAAUGAAACUAGUGACCAUUCAGAAAUUAAAUUAGACACCACGAAAAGUAAUUACUUUCGGGAUAUUAAUAAUCUCACUGAAUGGAUUAUCUACACAGCAAGCAUCAUUUUUGUGCUGCCCUUGUUUGCUAACAUACCAGCUUUUAUGCAGUGGCAAUGUGGAGCGAUUGCUGUAUUCUUCUACUGGAUUAACUUCUUGUUGUAUCUUCAAAGAUUUGAAACUUGUGGAAUUUUCAUUGUUAUGUUGGAGGUAAUUUUAAAAACUCUGUUUAGAUCUACAGUUGUAUUUGUCUUCCUUUUUGUGGCUUUUGGACUCAGCUUUUAUGUCCUCUUGAAUAUGCAGGACACCUUCAGCACUCCGUGGCUAGCCAUAAUCCAGACCUUCAGCAUGAUGCUGGGAGACAUCAGUUACCGGGAUGCCUUCCUAGAACCAUUUUUGAGAAACGAAUUGACAUAUCCAUUUCUGUCCUUUGUGCACCUUAUUAUCUUCACGCUCCUUGUCCCAAUUGUCCUCGUGAAUUUACUUAUUGGUUUGGCAGUUGGCGACAUCGCUGAGGUCCAGAAACAUGCAUCACUGAAGAGAAUCGCUAUGCAGGUGGAACUUCAUACCGGCUUGGAGAAGAAGCUGCCACUCUGGUUCCUACGCAAAGUGGAUCAGAAAUCCACCAUUGUCUAUCCCAACAAACCCAGAUCUACUGGGAGGUUAUUUAAUUUAUUUUGUUAUCUGUUUUUCAACCAAGAAAAAAGACAAGAAAUGCCAAAUGCCGAUACAUCUUUGGAAAUGGAAAUAUUGAAACAGAAAUACCGGCUGAAGGAUCUCACUGUUCUUCUGGAAAAACAGCAUGAGCUCAUUAAACUCAUCAUUCAGAAAAUGGAGAUCAUCUCUGAGGCAGAGGAUGAAGAUAACCAUUGUUCUUUUCAAGACAAGUUUAAGAAAGAGCAGCUGGAACAAAGGAAUAGCAAAUGGAAUUGUGUGUUGAGAGCAGUAAAGGCAAAAACACACCAGCCCUAG